AGAGUUCACAUUUGAUGGGGAAUGGACAUGGUUUGCUUAUAUGGACUUGAGAUUGUUUCUUAUCAUUAGGAGAAUUAUAUAUGGCUAUCACAUCAUUUGUAAGCUUCGUUUUGUCGCUUCAUCUGAUCUUACUUCAGGCAAAGGGCAGAAAUGAUUCGAUUUGUCCGGUGUCCUUUUCAUGCGGAAAUCUUACUGACCUGAGCUUUCCGUUCUCUCUUUCCACACAACCUGACUGCGGAAUAAUACCCAUCUCUCAUUGUGAUGCUAAACCAUAUCCAAGAUUCCAAUUGCUUCCCGGAGGAGAUUGGUACUAUGCUACAGCAAAGCCGAAUAAUUCUACAAUUUGGCUCCGCGACCCAAAUCUUCAUGCCAUGUUGAGGCAACACAAUUGCCAAGCUUUUAACAGAAGUUUCUCCUUUCAAGACUCUCCUUCUAUUUCUUUCACCACGCCUACACUUCACGGCUUGCUCAAAUGUAACAGCACCAGUCAUAAUGCCUCAAACAUUACCGAGAAGAAGAUCGAUCAUUUUGCUGGUUAUAGAAUGUACAAUGGUUGUAAAGGCUUUAGCAUAUACUACAAGCUUUCUGGAUAUGUUGAUGAAGACAUUCGAGCUGGCAAUCUUCCUUCCAACUGUUCACUUAUCAGAUUGUCGAUUGACUCAGCAUCAUAUGAUGUUGAUGUGUUCAAAAUAUUAAGUCAUGUUUUUCUGGUAGAAUGGGAUCUGUCUUACGACUGUUACCUAUGUCAUCAAGGCGGAGGCCAAUGCCAGACUGAUAAAACCAACAAAUUUCAUUGUACCUAUCCAAAUACUCCAAAUGCACAAGAUGCAAAAGCGACUAAAAGCAAAUUUGGACUGAUGCUGGGAACAGGUGCAAGUUUGUUUACGGUUGGACUGCUGGUUUUACUCUUCUGCUUCAGAGAAAAGAUU